ACAGAACGGUCACGGGUAUUUAAGCACGAGCACGCGUUCGCCGCAGCGAUAUAUGCACGUUCGACGAACCCUCGUAGUACGAGCAAUGCCUCGUAGAUAAAUCGAGUUGAAAUCCCCGUUUAAAGCCGUAGUCCUCGCGAAGUGCGCGAACGAAUUCCUCGAAAAAUGUUGCGCGCCUGUGAUAUACUUCCGGCGGUGAUUUGCACCCUCGCGUGUUUCAUAUGCCAUUGCACACCCUGCUCCCCCGAUAUUGGACAGCCGCUGCACUUGGGCCAGUUUUCAGGAAAAUGGUAUUUCUCUGCUGGAAUACCGAUAAACGCAAGUCUGAGUAGAUGUGGACAGUUUCUGGUCAGCCAAACAUCUUCCAACACGUUCCAGGCGAAAUUCACGGCAAUCAGUUAUAAGAACAACAUUCCAAUUGCAGUCAACAUCGAUGGAAGCGUAAAUGGGAAAGAUGUUGCCGCAACUUGGCAAUUCCAAGGAUCGAAAAGAAGAUUAGGGCCUUUUCGCCACGUUAUAAUCUCUGUCAAGUACGACACGGUUCUCGGGAUGUUGGUCUGCUCCAAGGGUACGACACACCACCAGGGAUACAAGUUCGUCAUGAUUUGGUCCCGAGAGAGGAGCCUGCCUUUGCCGAUCUUCAAGGAGCUCAAGACGAAACUAGGAGCAUACAUUAAUCAAGGGAGAAUUCGGAUGGUGGAUCACGGGAAUUGUUAAACAAACCGUGAACUUCUAUGCAACACCGAUAAUUUCGUUUUCGUAUUUAAUCAAUAAACGUUGUCGAGGAUUGAAUUAUCUUCCGAGUUAAUUGGCAUUGAGAAGCCAUGGAUUGCCAAACUUGAAGAAACGAUUGAUUCCAAGUAGACGAAGCAAGCGAAAAAUAGAUUAAUAACGAGUUUGUUAUAAGAUUAAUUUUUAACGAACUGCAAAUCUCUCUUUGAAAUCGAUAGAGCAACGAAUAUAAAGUAUAAAAAAGAUACGAAGAAAAAGAAUAAUAAAAUUUCUGAAAUCGUAA